AGUAAACAGAAAAGAAGAAGAAGCUGUAUAAAUAGAAGAAGAAGAGGCCUCUGAUUGGUGGAUUCUUUGCUUUGCAAGAGUAAAGGUCUCAUCAAGACAUUCAAGUUUGAGCAUUGUCAUCAAGAGAUAAUGCUUUUCACUAAGGUUCUGAGGUCAGGUGUUCUGGCCGGGCUCAGGUGUCAGAGCACAAGUGCUCAAGCUAGUGCCAAAUUUGCUGCUGCCACCUCAAAGCCAGGUCAUGGAGGGUUCAGCUUUGAAUUAACUGACCAACAGAAAGAGUUUCAGGAGUUGUCAAGAAAGUUUGCACGUGAGGAGAUUGUUCCUGCUGCUCCAGGCUAUGAUAAAAGUGGUGAAUACCCAUUUCCUCUCAUUAAGAGAGCGUGGGAGCUGGGUCUAAUAAAUGGUCAUAUUCCUGAGGAUUGCGGUGGAAUGGGUUUGGGCAUAUUUGACGCAUGCAUCAUCACAGAGGAGCUGGCCUAUGGCUGCACUGGAGUACAGACUGCAAUCGAGGCAAACUCUCUUGGUCAAAUGCCAGUCAUCAUCGCUGGUAAUGAUGCUCAGCAGAAGAAAUAUUUGGGGAGAAUGACAGAGGAACCACUGAUGUGUGCAUACUGUGUGACUGAGCCAGGGGCAGGCUCGGAUGUGGCUGGAAUUAUGACCCGGGCUGUUAGAAAAGGAGACGAUUAUGUGAUCAAUGGUCAGAAAAUGUGGAUUACCAAUGGUGGAAAAGCAAACUGGUACUUCUUGCUGGCCCGUACAGAGGCUGAUCCUAAAUGCCCUGCUAGCAAGGCUUUUACUGGCUUUAUUGUUGAUGCUGACACCCCAGGACUCCAACCUGGCAGAAAGGAAUUAAACAUGGGCCAGAGAUGCUCCGACACCAGGGGCAUCACAUUUGAAGAUGUAGUUGUUCCAAAGGAGAAUGUUUUGAUUGAAGAAGGAGCUGGUUUUAAGAUUGCCAUGGGUGCAUUUGACAAGACCAGACCACCAGUGGCUGCAGGUGCCACUGGACUUGCACAGAGAGCGCUGGAUGAGGCCACAAAGUACGCUUUGGAAAGAAAGACUUUUGGCAGCCUGAUUGCAGAGCAUCAAGCAGUGUCAUUUAUCCUUGCUGAAAUGGCCAUGAAAGUGGAGCUUGCGAGGAUGGCCUAUCAGAGAUCAGCCUGGGAAGUGGAUAUGGGCCACAGGAACACGUACUAUGCUUCCAUUGCGAAGGCCUUUGCUGGGGAUAUUGCAAACCAGUGUGCCAGUGAUGCUGUCCAGAUCUUUGGUGGAAACGGAUUUAAUAGUGAAUAUCCUGUGGAGAAGCUGAUGAGAGAUGCUAAGAUUUAUCAGAUUUAUGAAGGAACUGCUCAAAUUCAAAGGCUUAUCAUCUCAAGAGAGCACCUUGGGAAAUACAAACAGUAAAUCUGGAUAGACUGUUGUACAUGUUUUUCAUCUCCGGAUGAUUGUCCGUUUGUUGGUUGUCUUGUCACAUCAGCAUGCCUUUUGAUAUUUGCGUUGGGAGAAUUGGAAAAUAAAUGUUACACUAAAAGUUGUUUUUUCUAACUGGUUGUGAAUUCAAAAUAAAAUGGGCUGUUCUGAAUUUCCUGAGAUUUCUACUUU